AUGGCGUCUUCCCCCAACUUUGUCGCCUCCUGUCCGAAACCCACGUACGACACCGGAUGCACCUACUGCCAAAUCCCGUUGUUCGAUCAAGACUCGCAGAUUGAUCUCACCAAGCCGUUGAACGGAACCAAAUCCGGGUUCUGGAAACAUUUGGUGGUGUUUACAGGCGAAAAUGCGCACGACUGGCCGUCCAAAAUCGAGCUACAGCCGGGCACCUUGGUCGCGGAGAUGAAUUUUCACAAACGGACGUUGCUCAGUCCGUUCCACCCGGUUGUGGUAUCCAACAGCUCGCUUCCCUCUCCCGUGUUAACCAAGAAAGGUCACUUUUCUGUGGGGUUGUAUCCAGAUAACAAGCUCUUCCAGAUUUCGUUGCAGGACGUGCCUCUGUUUAUGGCAUCCCACUUGAAACCCGAGACGGAAGCCCAGGAGGUGUACAAUCCCUUUGUACUAAAAGCUGCCCAGAGAAAGGAGGUUGCUGUGAAGGAGUUUCCUAGCGAGGCCAUCCCCAACCCGAUGGUGCUUAUCUGCGGCCACGCCAAGCGAGACGUCCGUUGUGGUGUGCUUGCGCCACCGAUCGCGGCUGAAUUUGAGGCGGUGCUUGGAGAAAAUCGUAUGCUCUACGACCCAGACCUGAACCCAAACGGCUGGAAAGUGGGCAUGAUUUCACAUAUCGGGGGCCACGUCUAUGCCGGCAACGUGCUUAUUUUCGACAAGAAGUGGGCAGCCAAGGAGACGGUAGAAAAUACGAGGGGUGCCGUCUGGUACGGCCGUGUCACCCCGCAAGACGUUCAGGGGAUCGUCCAGGAAACGAUCUUGAAGGAUAAUGUGAUUCAGGAGUUGUACAGGGGCGUUGUUGAAUGA